UCCAAUUUUCUGUGGUUGCAUUUUGUAUCAUUUUCCACAUUAAUUCUUUGCAUUGAUCCCUCACAACAAUGGCCUUAAUCUCAACUUCAAACUUGUCUGCAUUGCUUCCCCCCGCAACUAAGGCAGCAACAACUGUUCGCUUAUCAUCCCUCUAUGGGCUGCCAGUUGAAGCAAUGGCAACAAAGGGACGUGUGAAGUGCACUGUUGAGGAGAAGACACCUGCUGCCUUCAAUGUAGCCAUGAGCUCAAAAGGCAGCAUGGCUACAUCAUUGAUGGCGGCAGCAGCAGCCGUGAGCACUGCCGCUGCAGGCCCAGCCAUGGCUUUAGUGGAUGAAAGAAUGAGCACCGAAGGAACAGGCCUUCCUUUCGGACUAAGUAACAACAUUUUGGGGUGGAUCCUUCUUGGUGUUUUCGGGUUGAUUUGGUCUCUCUAUAUUGUUUACGCCGGUGACCUCGAAGAGGACGAGGAUUCUGGAUUGUCCCUUUAAAUUAAUUCUAAAUUCCCUUAUUUAUUUAUGAUUUAUUCCAUAAUGCAAAUUAUUGGAAUACUUUUUGUUAUUCAAGAAAUCACUCUUAUUAUGAUUCUUAUUAUCAUUUCA